AUUAUAAAAAAUUUUUUAUUCGCUGUGGUUGAAGAGCUUAGUCUGGAUUGGACUGAUUUUUUUACAAGUUCAAGAGUUGUUUGAUUGUCAUUUUUCUAGGUUAAGCUUAAUGUUCGGACACGUCCAGUAGGUAAACUGCAUUAUUAAUAACUUUUUAUAUUUCAAAACUUCUAUGAUUUGUAUUGUAUGAUUGCAUGCGAAAGAGUUCUUAAAUUUAUAAAUCUAAUGGAAUUUUAAUUUUUUUUUAAAAUAUAGACAUAGAUAUUCAAAGUCAUACUUCAUACUUUCAUACUCAUAUGAUAUGACUAAAGACUAAAUUACUGGUUGUAGACUCAAAAAAAGUAUAGUCACAAAUUGACUGAGCUGAAUAGUAGUGGCAGUGUUUAAAUGCACUUUUUUCAUUAAACUUUUAGAGUGAAAUGUCAUGUCAUGGAUCUCAUUCAUUCCUGUGAUUAGUCUAUAUUAAUAAUAUUAUAUUAUUUUAACUAAGCCCUAGGGCAGGCCUAUACUAUAUAUAUAUAUAAUUAUAUAUAUAAUAUAUAUAUAUUUGGCCAUAUAUUUCUAUAAUUUAAUUUAAUUUAGGCAUACCAAUGGCCAAUGACAAUCGUAUAGCAAGUUCACUAACUGUAACUUAGACCUAUUUAAUUUCAUGUGCCCUCUCCUUACUUAAGGCUAAGGACUUUGGCUUACUCUUAGGACCUAAUUAAACUCCUUAAAUUUAAACUAAGAUCAAAAUCAAACUAGUAAAAGUAAAAGGAAGUUAAGUAAAGUAAAGCAGGUCACAGGUGCAUUAAAUAUUUAAAUUUAGGACACUCACAAUCACAAUGUAUUGUAAUUGUAAAUUAGUAGGCAUUAAAUUAUUAAUUAUAUUUUUUAUGCAUACUGCAUAGGACAGUAGUCAGGCACAAACUCAACAAAGAUAAAUAAUUAUAAUGUAACUAUUAUUGUAAUGGCCACUUAGAAGGACUUAGGGGUAGUUCGCAAAUUACGUCGCACAAAAAAUGACUUUUUCAGACCCCCUUUACGCCCUGUCACAAUCACAAAUGUCACAAAUUCUGUUAUUCCCUCCCCCCCCCCCCCACACCCCCUUANAAUAAGAUGUAGUAUUUUUCUAUGAGUUUCACGUUACUGGCAAUUUUGACCUCAAAUUAAUAUUUUUAAGAUUAAUUGAAUAAAAAAUUUUAAAAAUUAGAAAAUUUUACAUUUAAGGGAAGAAAUAUUUACCCCCCCCCCCCUACAAAAAUGUCACCAAUUCUUACCCCCUCCCCUCUAAGCGUGAUGUAAUUUUUCAAACGACCCCUUAGUGAUAUAGUAUUAGUAAUGCCUAAGCCAACAUUUAAAAUAUUGAAUUAUUAUAUUUAUAGGCAAAUAAUACCAAAAUAUAAUAUAGUCCUAGCUUAGUAGCUAGCCGAUUGUUACACUUUAAAAAAUGUAACUUAAAACAUAGUGUAAGAGUAAAUAGGCCUACAUUUAUUGUACAUAUCUUAGGUGCUAUACUAUACUACACAAUAAAAUAAAUAGUAUAACUAUAAUUUUUUCUGGCUACUUUAUAAGUCUAAGAAAACCACACUUAUGCUCACCAACUGAGAUCAGAUUAUUUGAUAUGUGAAAUAAAAUUUUAAAUUAGUAGAUUGUAAGUUGAAAGUUAACUUAUUUUUAAAAUAAAAUGUUAAAACACAGAUCGCAGAUAGAAAUAAUAGUUUAAUAGUAUAAGACUAGCUCAAUAAAUCAAUAAUUAAAGGCAAGGGCCACUUUCAAAUUACAGUAUUUAUUGGCAUAUAUCACGCACUUUUUCUCCCUGAAAAUAGGGGGCAAAUGAUGUGUGCAUGUUAUACACCGAUAUAAUGUUUAGUUUUUUUUCCUGAAAUUUCCUUCUUAAAUUGAGGUGCAUGGUGCGUGUUAUACGUGGGGGCGUGUUAUACGCCAAUAAAUAUGGUAAUUAUAAUUUAUACUUAACUUCUUUCAUUUCAGUUUGAGUCUGCUGGUAAACUGAAAUAAAGUGGUAUUGUGUCCAUAAAGUUGUAAAGCAAUACUGAGACUGUUCUCAAUAAGAUAAGAAUAAGUUGUCAAUCAGCUCUGUAUUAGUGUUGAGAAAACUCUAUAACAGGCAUCAUUGCCAAUCUGCAGUGAUAUAAUUGUGUAUAAAUAAACAAUGUAUACUAAAAGACUUAUAAGAACCAUAGUGUCAAGAAUGCUUGCCUCAGAUGUACCUAGCAUAACAAGUCAGUCAUGGUCUCAGCUUAAAGCUAAUUCAACAUUGCAAGUCAAUCGAUUUUGUUCUUCAGUACCAAAGCCACAGAAAGACUUGUAAGUACUCUGGCCACUGUCAAAAGUUGUUGUUUGUCUUUAACCAAAAUUACUAACAUUUUUUAAACUUUAUUUUCAUUAACUUAUAUCUUGUCAUUACAUAUUAAUACAAAUAUAUGCAUAAUUCAUGCUUUAAUCAUUGAGCUUUUUAUUUUGGUGAAAUUGAUCACUCACCUCAAACUGGCCUGGAGAUGAUCUGAUGGGGGAUUCGGGUUAAUUCUGUUGCUGCGUACAGAUUUCAGAAUUGUUAGAUUGUUCAUCAAAGUAGAUUUUUCUAUUCAUAACUUUUAUGAUUAGACUACCGUAGUCAAAGGAUGGAAAUUGUUGGAAUAAUAAUUAUUAAUAGGGACUCAUUUUUUUUUCUCCGAUAUAAAGCACUUUUAAAUGACAAUAAUUGACAAUGUCAAGUAGCUCCCAAAAUCUAUCAACUUGGAAUGCCUGUCAAGGAGUCUGAAAUUUAAUACACACUUUCCCAUUUGACACCAACUAUAUGUUAAGUACAUCUAAUGAUUUGUAGUUGAAAUAAUGCCUUAGUUUAAUAGUUACCUGUUGAAAGCUUAAGGAUAUAUACAAGUACUGUGUGUAAUUAAGCUUGGAUAUUAACAUGCAAUCCUAAACCCAUUUGCUAUUUCUGGUUCUGCAAUCAGGAUUGUUGAUUCACUUUAAUUCGUAAAGAUAACCUAAUAAAGGAUGAUCAAUAAAAAAUUAACUUAAGCUGUGUACAAUGUUGUGGUAUUUUAAUGUCAUGUUUCUUUUUUUUUUUGUGCUAAGUUUUAUGUGAAGCACGGUAAGCCUAGCCCUAGGUUGGGGUAGCACGCUAUAUAGGACCACAUUAAUAAUAAUAUACGAAUCAUAAUAAAGGUUUAUUAAAAUUCGUCCUUUGCAAGCAAAAAUCACUAGGCAAUAUUUGGCUUGAGUAGUUGCCUUGAAUUGAGCUGUCAUCAUCCUAACACUCUCGUCCUUGACUAUUUGAUCCAAUGGUAAGAUUUAGCACUGUAAAACCCACAAAAUAACAUUGCCGGUCAUCUACUGCAUCCUGGUCUAGUUCUAGUCGUCUUGAUUGAUUAAGUCUUGCCAUUGGAAUAGAGGUUUAAAAUAAAGCACAGGGUAAUUGUUAAAACAAAGAAUGCUUAAUUAUUAUUUUUUUAUUUUUUAAUGAACCACAAAGUCUUUUUUAAACUGCUUUGUUAGCCAGUUAUGCUUGCAUAAUAAAAGCAUUUAAUUUGGUAGAAACUUUAAAGUUCAAUUAAAUUAUCUACAUACAUAUGUUAUUAUGUAUGAACAUUUGAUUUGCCCAAUUAACGUUCAGGUAAAGUAAGAUAACGCCUUGUAUUUCAGUGUGACUGUUAUAUUUAUUGAUCGUGAUGGAGACAGAAUUAUCACUAAGGCUGCUGUUGGGGAGUCACUGCUCACUGUGGCCAUAAAUAAUGAAGUCGAGUUAGAAGGUAGCUCUCUCUGAGGCUGAAUACCUAUAGACCAAAAAUGUCAGUUGCAAUGUCAAAUAGGAACUAAAUACAUUUGAGCUCUAAAUAGUAGCCUAAACAUGAAAAACCAUGAGUUUUAUAUGCCGUAUUUAUAAUUUUAUUGUUUGAACAUUGGCCUUAAAUUUCUGGUCUAUUGGUUAAUAACUUUUUUUUAUAUUUUCAACUCUGAUAUUUUUUUGCGGAUUUUAAGUUAAUAUCUUCUUAUCCAUUUCUGGCAUUCAUUUCAGAGUGAAAGUGACUUUCCUAUUACGAGAUGGCCAAAGACAGGAAGUCAAGGCCAAAGUGGGGGACAACUUGUUGGACAUCAUUGUAGAAAAUAGUGUGGAUAUUGAUGGCUUUGGUCAGUUUUUUUAAUGUUAAUUUUUUUACACAUUCAAAAAAGUCUAUUAAUUUAAAGAUAAAAUAUGACACUGACUCUGACUUGAAUCUGCUAGUAAUGGAAAUUACACUUUUUUAGGAUUAUUUUAUUUGUUUUUAAAUAUUUGUAUUCAUUUUUAUUUUGUUUCUUUUUUUAUUAUUUCAUGCAAUAACGUAAAUACUUUUCACACAAAAUAGGUAAAAUAAUUUUUUGUUUAAAUUCAAGUUAUUUAAAUAAAAAAAGAAUAUUAUCUGGUUAUAAUAUGAAGAUAAUUGUUUUUAAAAGUGAAAACGCUUGUUUACCGGGAAAUACAUGAUUGAUUCAUGAGCCUCAAGUAUUAGGGUUCUUUACAUAAUAUUUUUUUCUAAAUGCACAUGAAGAAUUUCAUGACAUUUUAUCUUUGUAAAUGUGGCAAUCAAUAAUCCAAAUCUGUAGCCGGUAAUGCAUAAUUACUUGAUUUCAACAUGAGUGAAUUUUUAGUUGCCAGACAGCUGUCUUAGAGCCGCGUAUCUGCAGAAAAAGGGCUGGGGAAGAACAAAAAAACCAAUAAAGCUUUGUAGGCCAUUAUCCCCAUCACAAUGAAUAUUUCAUUGUUUUCAACAUUCUGGUCUCAGGUGCCUGUGAAGGAACCCUGGCUUGCUCCACAUGCCAUCUCAUCUUUAAGCAGGAGGAUUAUGACAAGAUUCCAGAUAAGCCCACAGAUGAAGAGCUUGACAUGUUAGACUUAGCUUUUGGGCUCACAGAGACGUGAGUAUAAUGUGUCAGUAUGACUGUGCUGGUGCUUAGAAUAGGCACAAAAGGUUUUGCUUUUAGAAAAUUCUCUAAAUGCUCUUAAAAGUGUUUUGUGUCAUAAAUCAAGCUUAUUUUAACCCAUUUGAGACAGAGCCUUUUUUGAAGUGUCGGCACCAAGAGGACGGAGCCCUUUUUGCAAACUCUGCACGCAUUUUGCAUUAUAAAAAAAUAAAGCAAUUACUUUACAAACUUAAAACUAUAAAUAUUCUUAUAGGGGAUUGAAUGACCUAAUACAAUCUUUAUGAGUCAAACUGAAAUGUCAACAGUUAUGCAAAUGAGAUAUCCUGAUUUGCAUAAAUUGCAAUUUUUUUGGACACAUCUUACUUGCAGAAUUUAGUUAAAUUUUAUGAUUGUUGAAGUCUAAAUAAAUCCUAACUAACAUUUAAAUGAGAUCAGUGUGAAAAUCUACAUAAAAUAUUGCCCUUGGCCUGCUUAUGCCUUUUGACAUAUUUCAAGGUAAUAUUUUUAGGUGUCACUAAGUGCAAAAAAAUUGAUAUAGAAUGUCAGAACAUUAAAAUAUCAAUGGAAGCUGCCAUUAAAAUGGAGAGAUGAGCCGAGAAAUGCUGGAAGCAAUCUGAUUAGCUGGGCAGAUGGAUCUGCCUUUCAUCUAUUUCGCCUUUUAACCCUGGGCCCAUUGAUUGGCCCAACUGUCCAAAGAGGGUUAACUUAGCAUUAUAGUGAAAACAACAGUAUGUUCAAAUAUGUUCAAAGGAUUGCAUCCACUCGGCAGUAUCUUGUUUAAUCCAAUAACAUAUUUCAAAUUGAAUAUUAUUCCAUUAUAUCCUUCUCUUUGCAAAAAAUUAAUUACUUGCUUUAACAUUUAAAAGUAAUACUUAAAGAGACAUGCUUAUGCUCAUAUGUUUGUACAGCACUUUAUUAAUUGUGUAGAUGUGUUAUAUAACCAUUAUUUAAAUUUUUUUGUCCCUUGUAAAUCUUCCCAAUAAUUUUAUUUUUUAAAAAUGUGUUACUUGUAGAACUAUUUGAAAAGAUACUCAUGGUAGAAAUUAAAUUGAUGUUGCAGAUCACGGCUGGGUUGUCAAGUAAUUGUUACUAAAGAUAUGGAUGGUCUGGAGAUCUCUGUACCUAAAGGAGUUUCUGAUGCUAGACGUUGAUGUCAAUGAAUAAAAUUUUACUUUGUACAAAAUUUAACAAGAAUUAAUUUUGAAUAAUUGAAUGAUUGACAAUUACACAUUAUUUCUUUUAACAUUAGUUGUUUUUAACUCAAAAAAAAGUUAUUGUUUUUUAUUUUUUUUUUGCUAGGCAGUAUCUGUUAGCAAAAAUUAAUUUUUAAUUAUUAAUUAUAACAUACAGCAUUUGAAAACUGAUCCCCAUUACUAUGUGUAGAGAUUUUUAAAGUUUACAGUGAGUACAUGGAAAUCAUUGAGUCGUGAGUUAAACUGAGUUGUUUGAAAUUCUGUGCUGGUUGUAUGUUAGUAAGUGUUGCCCAAGUAAAGGUGGGAAACUUUGUUUUCUUAUUCAUAUGGCCUUAUAAUAAGAGUUUGUGAUUCAAUUAAAAUAAUCUACAUAAUUUGUAUGCAAAUAAUAAUUUAUAUAUAUUUGAACUUAUAAGCAGGUUGAAAUUUUUGGGGUUAUUAAAAAUUGUUAAAAAUAUCAAUAUAUCUCUUAAUGAUUCAUCAUAUUUUAUGUUAGAAAGAAAUGUCAGGGGAUUAAACUUAGGAUAAUGCCUCCAAAUGUUAGGUUUACAUCACUAUAAAAAAUCUGGGCACAGGCUGAGGUUAAUCAUAUAUUAAGAUUAUAAAAAAAGGUUUGACUGCAAUAAAAAAUAUAUUAAAGCCUAACUAUAUUAAAAUCCCAAAUCAGUAUGUG